AUGGUUAGACCCAAUGAUAACUCUGCUGCCAAGGAACAGGGCCUCCACACCAACAGAGACAGCGAGACUUUCCCAGGGGCGGGGCCAAAGUGCACCAACCUGAGCUCAGGGGCCCAGGAUCAGCUGAUGAAGGUCUUUGGAUCUACCAUUGGGUUCUCGGUUCUGUUCUUCCGAGCCCUCUAUCUCUCGUUGUGGUUGUGCCAGGCUGCUUUGUCCGCUGUGGCUGUGGAGUACUUCCAGGGCAUCUUCAUCCUUCUGGCCUUGACCCUCGGCCUGCUGGCCAGUUUUCUGCACAUGGACAUGGGACUGCUCACACCCCUGACCCAGAGAUCCCCAAAGCCGCCCAUCACCCACAUCAUGUUCCUUAAGACGCACAAGACCGCCAGCAGCACCAUCCUCAACAUGCUCUUCCGUUUUACCGAGACGCACAAUCUGUCCGUGGCGCUGCCCGAAGGCCAGCGCCUGCACCUGGGCUACCCGUGGCUUUUCAUGGCGCGCUACGUGGAGAGCGGCAAGCCGAAGGGUCCUGGCCAGCGGAGACACUUUCAUGUUAUGUGUAAUCACCUGAGGUUCAACCUGCCUGAGGUGCAGAAGGUCAUGCCCGAGGGUACCUUCUACUUCUCCAUCCUCCGGAAUCCUGUCUUCCAGCUGGAGUCCUCCUUCAUCUACUACAAAGACUACGCACCAGCCUUCCAGGCCCCCAGGAACCUGAGCGCCUUCCUGGCCUCCCCGGAGACCUACUACAACGAGAGCGUCAGCCUGAAUAACGUCUACGCCAGGAACAACAUGUGGUUUGACUUCGGCUUGGACAACAAUAUGUGGCCAGAGGAUAGUUACGUGCGCAAGUGCAUCGCCGAGGUGGAGCAGAACUUUCAGCUGAUUCUCAUCGCGGAUUACUUCGAUGAGUCCAUGGUGCUGUUGCGCCACACCCUGCGCUGGGACCUGGACGACGUGGUCUACUUCAAGCUCAACUCCCGCAGCCAGCAAAGCAUCAGCAGGCUGACGCCCCAGGACCAGGAGCUCGCCAGGAAGUGGUCUGCGCUCGACUGGCGCCUCUACCAGCACUUCAAUCGCACCUUCUGGAACCGGGUGCACUCGGAACUGGGUCUGUGGCGUCUGCGCAGGGAGGUGGCCCUGCUGCGGGCCAGGCAGAGAGAACUUAUGAGCCUGUGCGUGCAGGAUGGGGAGCCCAAGAACAAAUCCCAGAUCACCGACCUGCAGCUGAAACCCUACCAGUCCGGAAAGGCUGACAUCUUGGGCUACAACCUUCGGCCAGACCUGGACAAUGCCAUGCUCCAGCUCUGCCAGAGGAUGGUCAUGCCAGAGCUCCAGUACAUGGCUCACCUGUAUGCCCUGCAGUUCCCCCACAAGCGCCCUAAGAACAUCCAAUUCCUGAAGGAUUAG